UUAAAUGUUCAUGGCAACAGCCAUGGCAGAUUGGCACAUGGGCUGAACAAAGAUACAACAUUAUCAGAUAUGCUGUUCUGUAUAUAAGGGGACGCCUUCCUCUGCCCCAACAAGCUUCCUCGAUCUCAUUGAAGAAGUUUCAGGGUGUCAAGAAGCUUGAUUCUACUGCUUACUUCAUCUCCUCAACACAUCAGUGCCGUUCACUGCUGGAAAAAUGAAGAAUCUCAUCUUGGUGGCUUUGAUCCUUGUGAUCACAGUCGACAUAAAUGGAUACCAGUUUGGAGAUAUCAUUUCUUUCAAACCUAGUUGUCUCGGUAACUUCAUCUACCAGCACUUUGCUAUUUAUGUGGGUGACGAAGUCCUUCCCGGUAAAGCCAAAGGGCAGAACAUAUAUGAACGCCAGAGAGCGAUUAAAUCCUGUGUUUUCUCUACACUGAACACGGAUCAGGACCCUCAGGUGACCAAUUACCUCGAUGGAUACACGGACAAUAAUGGAAAGGUGUACACGGCAGGAACUAAGGAAGAAAUAAUUGAGCGCAUUAAACAAACAAAAAACAUGUGUUGGCCGUAUGAAGUCCUGGGCAACAACUGUGAACACCAUGCUACCUACGUGCGUUAUGGAGUGAAGAUAGCACUGCAGUUCAACAUGACUGGUGAAAACCUCUGCUUCAACAACCCAUUCAGAAUCAAGACCAAAGAUAUGGUGAAGUACGUAAGGGAAAAUGCAGAGUGCCACAACAAUGUUGCCGGGUUACAAGUAUUCCCUCAAUUAACCCUCUCAGCGGGUCUUGCUCUCCUCUGCUUUGUCCUGAUGUGAUCGUCAGGGGCGCUUACAGGAUGUGGGGUGACACAGUCCUUAAUGUAGGAAAGGAUCUAACAGCACGAGGAGCUGCAGUUUCUACU